AUGGCCAGAACCAAAUCUAGGAAACGUUCCACGACCAAGCAAAAUAAGGAUGCGUCUGUGAUAAGUAGCAAGGCUGAAAUCGCCGCCAUGAUUGACGCAAGAAAGCUCGAACAUGACAAGAACGGUGCUGAGUCGGCCACCAAUAAGAGGAGAGGAAAUGCACUUGUGAAUGAGAAGUUAGAAAAGGACUUCAAGGAUGUCUUGCAACGGUUUCAAGCGCAGGAGAAUGACGCUGCGUCAAAGGAAACAAAAGAACAUAGAGAAAACAGAGUCAUUGCUGCGGAAGGAAAUACUCUCGGGAGGGAGAUAAAUCAAAGUGUCAAGGAUGAAGUGGAGGAUUCACCUCUAGAAGGUGAUGAGGAGCAUUUUUCGGUGAGAAAACGGAGGAAAAUGGAAAAGCCGUCGCUUUCGCAGUUGAAAAGCCAGGUACCGUAUCCUCAAAUUAUAGAAUGGUACGACUGUGAUGCACACUAUCCAUUUUUGCUAGCCUCGAUAAAGUGUACCAAAAAUGUGAUUCCCGUGCCCAACCACUGGCAAUCUAAGAAGGAGUAUUUAUCGGGUCGUUCCUUAUUGGGUAAAAGGCCUUUUGAACUUCCUGACAUCAUCAAAAAGACAGAUAUAGAACAAAUGAGAUCAACGCUUCCGCAAGAUGUACCGGAUGCUCAAGAUGAAAAAUCGCUGAAGGAGGUGUCAAGAGCGAGAGUGCAGCCGAAAAUGGGCACUCUCGAUUUGGACUACAAAAAAUUACACGAUGUAUUUUUCAAAAUAGGAGCUAACUGGAAGCCAGACCAUUUGUUGUCCUUCGGUGACGUCUAUUACGAAAACAGAAAUCUUUUCGAGGAAGCAAAUUGGAAAAGAAUGGUCGACCGUAACAGGCCGGGGAAAAUUAGCCAGGAACUUCGCACCAUUAUGAACCUGCAAGAAGGGCAGUUACCACCAUGGUGUAUGAGGAUGAAAGACAUUGGGCUACCCACUGGAUACACCGACUUGAAAAUUGCUGGUUUGAAUUGGGACAUAACGAAUUUGAAAGGUGAGGUUUACGGGAAAAUAAUUCCACACAGUCAGUCAAAACCCAGAAAGCAAGCUAGAAAUUAUUUUGGCGCUUUAAUUUCGUUUGAAACUCCUUCGUUCGAAGGUGCAAAGAAGGAUAUACAAGUAGAUACGGAAAAUGGAGGUCAGGCCGAGAGCUUUAAUAAAGAGACUGAUCAUAAAUUGCACUACGUUCAGAUGGACACAUCUAAAGAUAUUAGUUUGGAAGAAAAAGUCGAGAAAAAUGAAGAUCAAUCCGAAAAACAAUUAUAUACUGUGUUGAAAUAA